AUGGAACCCCCUCCAACACCCCGCCCUCCAGCACCGAAGGUGCCCUCGACCGUCAGUCAAUGGAGAGCCAGCGCGCGCGGUUGCCACGUCCUGACCAAAAAUCCAAGCAAGCUCGAGUGUCUGCACCCAGGUUCAAAGGUCACGUUCAAGGAAUAUCUCAGCAUGAGGAUUAUUCGGAGGGUCUCCAAUAUCACCGAGUUCCCCGACCGAGAAACUGAAGGCAGAGCCAAGGAGAUGGUCAAGGGGGACGAAGCAAUACAGACGUGGCUCUCAUAUAUCGAAACGGACCAGUACCCAACCGACCGAAAGCUUGGCAUGUUGCCCUACCUUGAGGAAGUGGGUCAAGUACGCCAGAGCGGAUGGAGAACCGCAGGUGAAUCAAUUCGUGAUCAACCUCUCAACGCUUUGACACUCAGCGUAGGCCAGGGCGUGAACUGCCAAUGGUCCCCUAAUGGUAAUCUGUUCAGUAGCGUGUCUUUUGGAGAAGUCCAAUUAACCGCAUAUGUCGACGGAUACCUUAUGGGAGUCAAGAAAAGCGAUAUCUUUGCUAUUGUGGAGGUAAAGGCAGGAAUCCGGGACCCCGAGCAAUAUCCGUUGGUCGAGUGGCAAGAAGGCGCAGAAAUGGUCAGCUGGAUCAUGAAUGAUGAGGAGAAUCUGCGACGUCAUCCAUUCGAAACGCGCCUCUUGAUCUCUUUGAAUCGACAUGAGAUGUAUUUGACACUCGGCCGCUACCACGAGGACUACGUAAAGUUCCUAAAGGGAGAAUUUCAAGGGUUGAAGAGCUACCCCGAGAAUAGAUUCCUCCACUUGCACGAGUACGGCCCAUGGGAUAUCGGCAAGAAAUCUCACAUGAGGGACCUGGCCGAAAUCAUCGUAGGUUUCUCUCUCCGUGUCAAAGAUGAACAGGCUAGAUCGGCUGUGCCAUCAGGGAGUGGUCCUGACGGGGCGUGA